GCGACGGCUCUGACAUGGCUUUGGGUUUGCUGCUGUUGAUCGCGCUGGGAACACUUAUCUUCUGGCUAUAUAGACUCAAUAGGGAAUACUAUGUGCUGGCCUUCUUUGCCAAGCGAGUGCGCACUAAGGAUGGACGACCCGUGGAGAAUAUAGCUCCGAUAUCUAAGGGAAAUACAAUCUUUGGCAAUUCAUUCGACUUGUAUGGCAUGGAGGACGUUGAAGUUUUUGACGAAGUGCACAAUUGCGCUCAGCGGCUCGGCUGCAGCUACUUGGAAUACGUAAUGGGCACAUCUGUUUACAAUGUAAUCGAUGCGGAGAACUUUGAAGCCAUUGUGAACGAUAAAGAACUAUUGACGAAGGGAAUUGUGUACGAUUUUGUGCAACCAGCUCUACGAUUAGGCCUACUGACAUCAUCGGGUCAAAAAUGGCAUUCGCGACGCAAAUUGCUCACGCCGACCUUCCACUUUAAUAUAUUGGAACAGUUUAAUGAGGUGUUCAAAGCUGAGAGCCUGAAAUUCGUGCAGCGAUUCGAAGGCAAUGCAGAGACUACCAUCUCUCUAAGUGAGCUCAUACCCAGAUUUACGCUCAACAGCAUUUGUGAAACUGCCAUGGGCAUCAAGCUGGAUGAUAUGGCUGCUAAGGGCGAUCGUUAUCGAGAGAACUUUGGCAUGAUUGAAAAGAGAUUCAUAAAACGAGCAGGCAAUCCCUUCUUUUGGAAUAAUACCAUCUAUAAUCUGUUCGGCCCAAGCGACGAAAAGCAAUUUCUAAAGGAAAUCCAUGAUUUCUCUAGCGAAAUCAUAGCCAAGCGCAGAGAACUAUUUGCACAGGAGAUUAAGGAUAAGAAAGACUCGAACACAGAAGAGGAAGAUAUCUACAUCAAAAAGAAACAACGAUUUGCUAUGCUGGAUACUCUAAUCAUGGCAGAAAAGGAUGGAUUGAUCGAUCAUGAGGGCAUUUGCGAGCAGGUGGACACACUUAUGUUCGCAGGUUUUGAUACCACCUCCAUUGCUCUUAUAUUUGGACUUAUGAAUAUGGGCAUUUAUCAGGACCAACAGGAGCUCUGCUAUCAGGAAAUAUGCGAGCAUAUAGCUGAUGACUUUAGUAAUUUGGACGUGAAUCAGCUGUCGAAGCUCAAGUAUUUGGAAUGUUUUAUUAAGGAAACGAUGCGCCUAUAUCCAUCAGCACCCUCUAUUAGUCGACAAACAACCAAGGAUACUGAGCUGUCAAAUGGUCUGAUUUUACCAGCUGGUGCUCAAAUCGUAUUGAACAUGUAUGAACUGCAUCGUAAUCCCAAGUACUGGAGCGCACCUGAGGAGUUCCAGCCCGAACGCUUUCUGCCCGAGAACAGCAAAGACCGUCAUACCUAUGCCUUCAUGCCCUUCAGUGCGGGCCAACGCAAUUGCAUAGGUCAAAAAUACGCAAUGCUCGAGAUAAAAACAUUCAUGACCGUUAUAGUUAAGAGAUUUAAGAUUAUGCCUGUUUUCGAUCCCAAGGAUUUGCGCCUAAGCCUGGGCAUCACAUUGGGCUUCAAAAAUAAUAUUACAGUCAAGCUAAUCAAGCGUAAUGCCUGA